CACGGAUCUAUGAUACGAUUACUACAUAGAUUUUCAGUAGCAUAAAUUCUUUUGUCGGCAAGGCGGCAAAGGUUCUGCGUCAGACCCGGAGCGCUCGACCACCGCGGAUGGAAAGAAAAGAUGGAGACUAGUAAUAGACUACAGGAAAUUAAAUGAAAAAACGAUUCCAGACCCAUAUCUACUCCCAAACAUAACUGAUAUUUUCGACCAAUUAGGACAGGCAAAACUAUAUAACGUAAUAGAUUUAAAAUCAGGCUUCCAUCAAAUCAAGAUGAACCCAAAAGACAUACAUAAGACAGUUUUCAGCAUACAUCCACUGGGACGAUUCGAAUUCAAUGUCUUACCUUUCGGAUUAAGAAACUCACCACGAACAUUUCAGAGAGUAAUAAACACAGCACUAGGCGAUUCAAUUGGGAAAAUUUGCUUUGUUUUCAUUGACGACAUCAUAAUAUUUGGAGGAAAUUUAGAGGAACUCAACACGAGAUUUAACACAGUCGCACAAAAAUUAAGAGACGUAAAAUUAAAACUUGAGCUCGAGAAAUGCGAAUUCCUUAAAUCAGAUGUAUGCUUUCUAGGACACAUACUAAGUGGGAAAGUUAUAAAACCGACCCAGCAAAAACAGAAGCUGUACAAAUAUUUCCAACUCCUAAGAACGUCAAGAACAUAAGAGAAUUCUUAGAACUCGCAGGCUACUACAGACGAUUCAUACAUAACUUCGCAAAAAUCGCAAAACCUUUAACGAUCCUAUUACAAAAAGAUAACAAAUUUUUCUGGAACACAGAACAACAAGAAGCUUUCAUAAAACUCAAAGAAAUAUUAUGCAACGCACCUAUACUACAGUACCCGAAAUUCGACGAACCAUACGUCAUCACGACAGAUGCAUCUAAAUACGCCCUAGGUGCAGUACCAUCACAAGCAGAAAUCGGAAAAGAUAGACGAAUUGCAUACGCAUCACGAGUAUUACAGGAAGCCGAAAUCAAAUAUGACACCUACGAAAAAGAAGCUUUAGCAAUAAUGUUCGCGAUAAAAACAUUUCGAAACUAUAUUUAUGGAAAGAAAUUCACGAUAGUUACAGAUCAUAAACCAUUAUUCUGGCUAAAAACAGCUGACAAUAAAACUAGAGUCCAGAAAUGGAGACUAAAGCUAUCAGAUUAUGAAUACGAUAUAGCCUAUAAACCAGCAAGAGCACAGGGGAAAAAAGAAAUCAGCAAAAACUCGACACCUGCAAAAAUUCUAAAUAAAGAUAAAGUGGAAGCUUCAACCGACAAUCAUAUCAAAGUCAAGGGAAAAAGGGGUAGACCAAGAAAAAAUAUCCAAGAACCGUUAGCACAAGAGACAACUUCAAAUAGUAACAAUAAGGGAAAAACGACUAAGCGCAAGGAAGAGGAAGAUAAAACAGAAAAAGACAAUAUACAAGAACAGGAACAAAAAAAUUUAAUUUACACGAAAAAUUCAAUUCAAUUUAGAAAUGAUAACAUCGUACAUAUAAUCACUCAACAAGGUGGCGCUCAGAACGACGAAUCAUCCAUCGAUAGAAAAGAUCACCAGAACAACAAGGCAGAUCUACUGGAUCACCUUAAUCAACCAUGGCUCACCCAUCCAAAUCAUCCGAAAAGUGGAGUGAGAUGCAAGACAGCUCACAAGAAUCACUGGAGGUUCCUGGAAAAACGAGGUAUCCUGGACUCUUUCAAGGACGAGUCAGAGCAUCUUUCCAAGGAGGAGUUGGACGACGCCAAGGCCCAGUUCGACGAGGCCAUAAAAGUGUUCAAUAAGGAACACGCACACUUCGAGGUGGUGUGGACAACGUCGCAGGCAAAUCACCCCUACUUUACCGAUGACUGCCACUACCAGAUGCAGCAGAUUGGUACCAUGGCGAAAAAGAUCAUUGCGAAGAGAUCAGCGGAGCUGCCUGCUCAGACGACCGCUCAACCAGGGAAGGUGACGUGUUCGAAGUCAAAGCUGCCAGACAUCGAAUUGCCACGGUUCACUGGCAACUAUACUGAAUGGUCGUCGUUCCUGGAGCUGUUCAAUUCCGUAGUAUGCGGAAAACCGGAGCUCAAACAGGUAGAAAAGUUCUACUGCCUCAAGGGUUGCCUGCGAGGAGAACCAGCACAGAUCGUGUCCAGCCUACCACUCAUCGGCGCAUCACUAUCCGCUGCCAUCGAGCUGCUCAAGCAGCGAUGUACCGAAAGAUGGACCGCACGACGAAGGAGCGACGGGAGUCCACGCUUGGAGUCACAACUGAGUACCCAUCGUUUGAGAAGCUCAUGGAGUUUAUCACAUCCAGGGUCAGGACGUUGGAGCACCUCGCAGACGAUUAGGCCAGAGGUUCUCUUGCGAAGCCUGCGCCGACAAAGCCCGCUCAACCACGAGCUCAGCCCGCAGUAG